AAUUAAAUGGUUAUCAGGAAGAGGGGCUGCUUUCUAACAUAGCUAGCUUGUUAAAAUGAAGUGGAAUUAUAACAGGAGCACAAGUUGCAGAGUUUGCAAGAGAAGCUGGAAUUCAACCACGGAUUAAAUGCAGAGCGGUUUAUGAAGACAAUUUGGCAAACGAUUAGCCAGGACAAGAAGGAACUCCUCUGUUUUCCGUGUUAUACAGGUGGACCACGGGUUUCAAAGUUUUUAAACAUCUCUCAGACUCUAAAACUACCAUAACAACGCCUAUGAAGACAGCUGAUGCGCUUUUCUAGCGUGCAGAGGAUAAAAACUUUAAUUCACAACAUGAUGGGACAGCAACUACUCAACCAUGCUCUCUAAUGUCAGCUGAUCCAGCAGCUACUGGACUUCAUCCCUAAAGUCAUCGACAAGUUCGCCCAGAAGAUGAACUGCUGCGCCGCUUUUCUCUACAACAGAGCCCACAACUUCAGAACCACUGCGAACAACGUGACGCGUCAGCGCCAGCUCUGCACCAGCCGGGGUAAGGGAUUAUUUCAACAUCGCCUUCUCUCCCUCUCCUCGGACCACCACAGUGGAGUCGCAGCUAGGGAGCUGAGGAGCUGGAGAUUUGACUGGCAGCUGGUACACCACCAAGGGAGGGGAGAGAGGCGGCUGGGCAGAGGGGUCGAGGAGCCUGGCUGGCGCUGGCUGAAUGCUGCCUGGCGAGGACAACGGCUGAGGCGGUGGCAGCAUUGUCUUGAAAAGAAGCAUGGCAUCCACGGGUAUGCAGAUAUUUGGAUUUGUCCUAGCGCUGCUGGGCAUCAUGGGAGCCAUGGUGGCCACUCUGCUGCCCAACUGGAAGGUCAGCGCAGAUGUGGGCUCCAACAUCAUCACAGCGAUCUCCCAGAUGCAGGGUCUGUGGAUGGACUGCACAUGGUACAGCACAGGCAUGUUUAGUUGCACACUUAAGUAUUCAGUGCUGUCACUACCUGCAUACUUGCAGACUGCCCGCACCACUAUGGUGCUCUGCUGCGUACUGGCUGCCAUGGGUCUCUGCCUUGCAUCCUUGGGACUAAAGUGCACACGUUGGGGAGGAGGACGGCGCUCCAAGCGGCACGCUGCGAUUGCCAGUGGUGCCUGCUUUGUCGCUGCAGGCUUUCUGUGUCUGGUGCCUGCUUCCUGGUUUACCAACGAGGUCAUCACCAACUUCCUGGACUCCAGCGUACCCGAGAGCAAUAAGUUUGAGCCUGGGGGAGCAGUGUAUGUGGCCUUUGUUUCGGCAGGAUUCCUCUUUGUUGGGGGGUCCAUAUUCUGUAUGUCCUGCUCAGGGAAGAGGCAUGGCCCCCAGGAUCUGGUCCUGCUCCCUCCUCCUGACAAAUUGCUGCUCCAGCAGCAGCAACAGCAACAACUGCUUCAGCAGCAGGAGCUCCAGCAUCAGUACUGCUCUCUCUCCCCAUUAGACAAUAAGACGGGCUACAGCCUGCAGGACUAUGUGUAAUAAAACAGUACUGUGUAUGCUACGGCUAAAAGGAGACGAGCCUGAGGGGAAACCAUCACGGCUUAUGUUACACUCUAGGCUGUACUCCAGAUGGAGGAGGAGAACAAAAUGAAAAAGGAGGGCAACAACUUUGAAUUCAUUUUCUCUUCUCCUCUAUCUUGCUCCUCUACCUUUUUCUGUUUUGCAAGCACAAGCAGUGGAGGUAUUCCCUGAGCAGCGCCUUGGAACAAACAGUGUGAAUGUGUAAGGAACCAGGAUAAGGUGCUGCAGCAUCGAAGGGAGCCGCUAACCAAAUGCAGACAUCCUUCAUCAGUAAAUCACAGAAAGAGUUCCCCGGGGAAUGGAUUAAACAAAUAAGGAAGGCUUCCGUGUAGAUUUUUUUUUCCCUCGCCAAAGGUUGGAAUUGAAAGGAGGAAAAAAGCAAUCAUUUAGCUGCUAUUUACAAUCGUUUGGAACCCUUCCCAAUUGACAAAAUAGGCAAUAUAUCGCCUGAGUGCAGUAGGUGGAAACCUUUUCAUAGCAAGCCAUUGUAGAUUUUCGGAUACUUAUCCACUAGAAUGCUACGUGGAAUUGAUUGAAACAAAUGGUCAUAUUUUUGUUAGCUACUAGAAUGAUGUUGAUAUUUUGCCUCUAAAGCAUGCUGUGUGGAGCCUGUCUGUGUAUUAAUACAGCGGAAUGCCUGGUAGAAGACUGAGACAUAGCCACAAAAUGCCUGUGCCUGAAAAGCUGUAGUAACAUUACCCUGCUGUAACUGUUCAAAGAGGUCUGUCAGGAGGAGUGGAUGUGGGCUGCUGGGCUGGAUUUGAGACAGAAAAGGCAGAUAAACAAUCCCCUGCUUCUCUCUCUCUGCAGGUGGAAAUAAGCGAGAUACGGAGAAAAAUAAAUGGAGAGAUUUUCAAUCCA